AUCGGCGCGACAUGAACCGUCAGCAGCAUCCGCAGCCGCAGCCUUGUUAGCCUCCGAAACCGAACUCGCAAAACGUGUGCGUAUGUGUGGCAGCAGCUUUGUUGUCACGUUUUCAGUUAUUCAAACAUGGAUAUUUUGCUGUUGUCAAAAUAAGAAGGAGAAGCAAUAACCCCUAAUAAGCAGCAUACCGACAAGACAAGUAAACAACACAAAAAUAUUAACGUUAAAUAAACGACAACAAAGCAACAACAACAACAAUCAAAUGCAUAAUUAUGAUGGAUUACCUGUUUUGUUGCAAAUUGGGUGCAAAACGGAAACAACAGUCAUAACAACAAAAGGAACAUCUGCAAAUUUGCGAAACUUUAAAUGCAAGUCACAAUUGCAUUAGCAUAAAAGGUUUUGGAAAGCAACUCAAGCUAUGCGUUCUCUAUCCGACGCACUGUAGAUUCGGUAAUUAACCAAUACCGAAAUAGGACAUCAAUCAAACUGGCGUCGUUAAAGGGAAAUAACGACGAUAAUUGCAAUUACAAUAAUUAUAUAAUGUGGAGUAGUACAAUAUCGCCAACAAAUUCUAAGAAGCUAUUGAUCGGUAGUAUACGAAGCGUUGAUUAUGUCGGUGAUAGUGCGAAAACAGCAGCAGCCAAUAAUAAGACAGCAGCAACAGGAGCAGCUACAAAAGGAUCAACGACAAAAUCACAACAAAAACCAACAGCAACAACCAUUCCAGCGAAUACAACAAAAAUCUCAAUUGAAAUGGAGAUACAUAUACAAAAUAAGUGCAUUUCGGCAUAGCGCAUCACUCUGGAGGGUGGUGCAGAGCCGCCAUGGCUGCAGGGCCCCCUUAAAGCAGCAUUUUUGGGGGCUACUGGCGUCGGCAAAACAAGCAUAUUACAGCAAUUUUUUUACCAUGACUUCCCCAAGAAUCAUCAGACGACAACUCAUCGCAAAAUUUAUAAAAACUGUUUGGUGUGCGAUACCUGCAUACGGGAGCUGAUGGUAUUGGAUGUUCCUCCCCAGAAGCGAUUUCCGGCUGAUAACUUUGCUGAAUGGAAUAAUGGACAUCCGCUGGGGCUGCGAACGGUGCACGCCUAUGUUCUAGUUUAUGAUAUGGGCAAUUUGGAAACGUUUCAGUAUUGCCGCUCCAUAAGAGAUCAAAUCUUGGAUAGUUUCAGUCAUCGUGAUUUUAGCAUAAUUGUGGUCGGCAAUAAAUAUGACAAUGUUUCUGAGGCGCAGGCUAACUCGCAGGAGCUCAAGGACAUUUCUACGCUGGUGCGUAAGCAUUGGCGUUGUGGCUACGUAGAGUGUUCCGCACAAUACAACUACAAAAUCGGCGACGUUUUUCGCGAACUAAUGGGCUGCAGCAGCGGCGGCGUCAGCGGCACAACUGUCGGCGUUCUCCUUGGCACUGAGUACUCGCAAUCGACUAGGAAUAAAGGACGCUGCACAAUACUCUAGCAGAUGCUGAAUAAGUUAUUUAAACAAGCCCAUAAUACCCAAGCGAGUUUUUCCGUUGAGCUGCGACAUACCGAUGAUUCCGUAUUCUCUGAAGCAUUGUAACUGAGAGCUGUCCCUUGCAAACGCUUACUGAUGCAUAUUUUAGCAUACGCUU